AUGACUUCGUCCAACGCCGGCCAAAAUGGCCUGGCGCCCCUUCCGACCACGCCGCCGCCCAAGCACAAGUCGACGACACCAGGCCGAACUGACCACCCCGACGACAACGACAACAACAAUCACAUCGCCACGAACGCUGCCGACCAGCAGCAACCAUCGCGCACCGACGCAUCUACAACCGUACAUCCAUCUAUCGAAGACGCGUCGACCAAAGAGCAGAGCACCUCAUUAGCCGUCGACACAUUCAUGGUCGAUGCCGACGCCGGCAGCGCUCCACCCGCGACAAUGUCGCAGCCGGCUUCAGCCGUGCAGGUUGACGCCGACCCUUUCGCCUCGUCCUUCCCACACACCCCGAUGCCGAACAUGGACCAUGCCUACAUGAUGAUGGCUCUGGCGCAUAUGGCCGGCAACCAAAUGUCCAAUCAAAUAUCACCGCCUCCGACCGUCACGCCAGCCCAGGUCACCCUCCCGAGCACAAUGGGCAACGGCAACGAUCCGCUCGUCGCAAGCACACAUAACCUCGCCGCGGCGACACAGGGUCUCGAAUCAUUUGCGCGUAUAGAAUUCGCCGACAGUGUCUUCCAGAUGACCACGUACGCCGUCAUUAUCGGUCGCGACCAGAAGGCUCUGAACCAGGCGCGGAGAGACCAGAAGCGCGAUGAUGCCUAUCGCAAGAAAGCGGAAGAGUAUGAACGCGAGGGCCUUCCGCCUCCUUCUCCUGUCAGACAUGGGCCGGGGAAAUUCAGCAAGUCAUACGUCAGUGAAGAGGGAGGCAUGCUGGGACCUGAGUCCGACAGCGAAGGGGAGGGGCGGCCAGCCAAGCGGCGCAAGACGACCAGCACCGGAUCAUCACAGAAGCAGGAAGAGGACGAGUCACAGGAGAAGCUCAUCUCAAAUCGGCAGUAUGUCUCACAUACACCGGGUGCUGCAGCCGUGGAUCUAGCUUCAUUACGACCCUCUCCUCACCACGUUCCUUUUGUCGGCAUUCACUCGCCCGGACCUGAUAUCGCAAGCAAGACCAAGGCCAUUUCAAGAGAGCAUCUCAAGAUCCAGUUCAAUAAGAGAGAAGGGGUCUUUGAGGCUAUCCCACUCCACAAGAAUGGUUUCUUCAUCGAUGAAGUGCACCACAAGGAAGGCGUCGCCGUGCUCCGGAGUGGUGAUCACCUACAAAUCAAGGACGUUGAUUUUCGCUUCGUCAUCAACGGUGUCCCAGAAGGCCGGACAGGUGCUGAGGAGUAUGCAGAAGAGGAGGAGAAACUCAAGAAGAAGGCGACCGGUGGAAAGGAGAUGAGCUUCGAGUUUGAAGCCUCUCAUGGCAACGGUCUUGACGACACAAGCGAUUCUUCCCUUAGCUCACCAGCGCCAUCAGACGUAGAAAUGUCCGAUGUCGAACCAGAAGAGGAGGAAGAAGUCGAGGCCGAAAGUAGCUCCAAGGCAGAGGCGGAAGCGGAAGCAAAAGCAGAAGCAGUGGCCGCCGCAGAAAAGGCCACAGCAGAGGCAGCAGCCGACGUUGCAGAAGCAGCGCAAACACAAACAGAGGCAGACGAUGAGGCCGAUGCUGAAGCUGAUGCAGAAGUCGAUGUUGACGCUGAUGCCGAUGCCGAGGCUGAUGCCGAGGGAGAGAUGUCACUGGAUUAUGGAGAGGAAGCAGACGAUAUCCAACCUACCACAGAGGUCAAGCCAGAGGACCAAGAAAUGGUGCAUCUUCUUAUGGGAGGUGCUCCAUUAGGCUAUCUGAACAAGAAGAGAGGACCUGGCCGGCCACCGAAGAACGGAAUCAUGUCCAAGCGAGAGCAGCGGCUUCUUAAGAAGGCUCAGCAGGAGAUGGCUAAGAAAACGAUACCACAACCUCCUCCUGGAGAGCCCCCUAUCAAGCGGAAGGUCGGCCGUCCUAGGAAACACCCACUACCAGACGAAGGAGGAGAUCGACCAGAAAAGCGCAAGUACAAACCCCGGAAACCAAAGGGCGAAGACGGCCUUGAAGGAUCAGAUGCCGAAAGACGCGCCAGAGAGAAGAAGGAAAAGAAGGCUCGUCCCAAGUCGCCCCCGCUCGAACUCAAGAUCGAGGACUACACGGAGGAGCAGCUGCAGAAGCCGAACAAGAACUACGGAGUGCUUAUCGACGAGACCCUCACUGCGGCAGGGCCUGACGGUCUCACCCUCAAACAGAUUUACAAGCGAAUUACCCAGAGAUACCCGUGGUUCUACUUCCACACGGAGACAAAGGGCUGGGAGUCCAGUGUACGACAUAACCUUAUCGGGAACGAAGCUUUUAAGAAGGACGAUACCACAGGCUUGUGGUCCAGGGUGCCCGGUGUCGAACUCGAUGCCGGCAAGAAGCGCAAAGCUACGUCACCGGACCGUUCUAUGAGUGCGGGCUAUGGUCACUACAACCACCCAAUGUACACUCAGUACGCCCAGCAGCAGCAGAGUCAUAUGCCUCCUGGCUACCAGCAUCUUCCUCAUAACUACCACGCGCAAGCCUAUGCUGGGCAGCAAGCGCAGACAGCAGCCAGGACUCCACAAUACUCCCCCCCGGGCGUGGCGCCGAACCCUGGCCAGCCUGCACCGCCAGUGACGUCUCAACCAGUGGCGCCAGUGACACUCCCUGGAUACGGGGCCGCUGCUGCGAUUGCACGACCUCAAGGUCCUUCUACAUACAGUUCACCACCACCUCCAGCUCAUCCCGCCGUCAAGACCGAAGAAGGCGCCGCCGCAACCUCAGCACCGCCCAUCACACAACCUGCUCCAGCCGCCAUCCCUGGAGCGCAACCACCCCCGCCACAGAUACCCGCUGCUGCCCCGCCGCAGCAAGCUCGACCUACACCUACACCACCAGCGCAAGCCGAACCACGUCCCGUCAUUCAGCCCAGGUUACUCUCAGCUGUUAAUGGCCUCAAGAACGGUCUCAUUGAGAACCUGAAGAAAGCCAAGAAUCCAAAGGCAGAGGCCAUCGUCAUGUCUGCCCUCAACCGCUGUCUGGGACUCAAGAGUGCCGCCACAGAAAAUCAGACCAUGGAAGAUAUCUGUAUGAAGGGAAUACAGAAGCUCCUAGACGGUUUCUCGACCCGAAGCAACACCCCCGGAUCAGGGGGCACGCCCACUCCCACUGGGCCGACAAACGUCUUUGAUUCCAAGGUCUUCAACUCUCUCCUUGGGUUCAAGAACGUUUCGUCGAAUGCCCUUAAGAGCAGGAUUGGCGAGGCCAAGGCCGAGGCAGUCACGCUAUCCGCCAUUGAUCGAGUGCUGGGCUUGGCAGACGCGAGCAUAGUACCCCCGCCUGCGGAAGCCAGCGCUUCGGGGUCGCCCGCAGCGGGCUUUGACGGGAUCGAGUCGCACUUGAUGAACUCGGUGAAGCAGCUCCUGCUGGGCCUCAACCAGAAGCUGCACGGAACAUAG